CUAGGUGAAGAGGCUGGCAUUCCCUACAGAAAAAGGCAGAGUGGGAAAAAAAGUUCUUUUUGUACACACUGCCAUCAUGUUGUUGAUGAUGAUGCCUUCAAUCUCUCUCUCACACCAAACAAAGGAAUUUCCGCCUUUUUUCCUCUCUCUUCCUUUUUAUCUCAAUAAGCAUAUAUGGUGAAUCUUUUCUUUGUUCUCAAUGCUUUCUCUUUUUCUCUCUCUCGUUUACAGUUCAUGAAAAGGCUAACUAACAAGUGAAGAAGAGUAAGAGAAAGAGAAGGACAUGGAAAAUAAUAAGAUGAAGAAUAAUAAGAAUUGUGGGUGUUGGGCUGUUCUUAGGUCCAGUGUUAUUGGAGGUGCUUGUAGUUCUUCUGUUUCUAAACACUCUGCUAAUUCUAUUCCAAGAACUAGUCUUGUCUAUGAUGCAGCUACAGAGACUAGAUACCUAAACGCUAGCAACCGGGAGAUGUGCGUUCCGGAUGAAGCAAGAGUAUCUUCUGAUACCCCUCAUGAUACUGAUUUACCAACACUUACACCAGCUGCAGAAAACAAAGUGCAACGGCAGCUGCUUCAGUUCACAUUUCAAGAGCUAAAAGCUGCAACGGGGAACUUCAGACCGGAUAGUAUUCUUGGUGAAGGUGGAUUUGGAUACGUAUUCAAAGGCUGGAUAGACGAGAACGGGACAGCACCAGCAAAGCCCGGUUCUGGGACUACGGUUGCUGUCAAGAGCUUGAAACCAGAUGGUCUUCAAGGCCAUAGAGAAUGGGUGGCAGAAGUAGACUUCCUUGGACAGCUUCAUCAUCCUAAUCUUGUCAAGUUAAUCGGAUACUGUAUUGAAGAUGAUCAAAGGCUGCUCGUUUAUGAGUUCAUGACCCGUGGAAGCCUUGAAAACCAUCUUUUUAGAAGGACAAUACCUCUCCCGUGGUCCAAUAGGAUAAAAAUUGCGCUUGGUGCAGCCAAAGGCUUAGCAUUUCUCCACAGAGGCCCUGAACCUGUCAUUUACAGAGAUUUCAAGACAUCAAAUAUUUUACUUGAUUCGGAAUAUAAUGCUAAGCUUUCGGACUUUGGCCUUGCUAAAGCUGGUCCUCAAGGUGACAAAACACAUGUUUCUACAAGAGUUGUGGGAACUUAUGGAUAUGCUGCUCCAGAAUAUGUGAUGACAGGACAUUUGACAUCAAAGAGCGAUGUUUUUAGUUUUGGUGUUGUACUCUUGGAGAUUUUAACUGGUAGGAGGUCCAUGGACAAAAAGCGCCCGAGUGGAGAACAAAAUCUUGUAGCAUGGGCAAGGCCAUAUUUAGCUGACAAGAGAAAGUUUUAUCAACUUGUAGACCCUCGGCUAGAGCUAAAUUACUCCGUUAAAGGGGUGCAAAAGAUCGCACAGCUAGCUUACAUGUGCUUGAGCAGGGAUCCUAAAUCUCGUCCUACAAUGGAUGAAGUUGUGAAGGCUCUUACACUGCUUCAAGACCUCAAUGAUCUCGCUAUAUUAUCAAAUCAUUCUCGCUUAAUGCAAUCAGGAAGGCGAAAGAAGAAACUAGACGGAAUGCAACAACUUAGCUAUAAUCAUUCGAGGAGUAUCAGAGAGUCUCCGUUACAUUCUGGUAGGCAACAUUGUAAAUAAUGCUUUUUUUAGUUUUCUCUGAACUAAACAAGUAGGAAAUGAAGCCUCAAAACUAAUUGAAGAAGAAAAACAGCAGGCUUUUAUUGUAAUGUGUGUUUGAAAUUUGAUGAGGCUAUGAAUAGAAUUUGAGGUGGUAGCUCAUUUUCCUCUUA